AUGCCGUCACCGGAGAUGUCGUAUAGCCCUGCCUAUUAUCAAGGUCAGGGUUCACUGGGAACGACACAUCCUCGCAGCUCGAUCGUCACCCCUCCUCCGGCCGCCCGUCGAUCCCAAGAACAAUCCGUGCUGGGGCACGCGGUAGACGGGUCUCGCCCUGUAUCUCCUUUAUCGAACCACAGCACCCGGCCCAGCAACUCCAGCUCACGAGCAAACCGUGUACACCAUAACCAGACGCUAGGAGGAUCCUCUUGGCCGGGGUUAGAACCUAGAGAGGUUAACACCAUUCCGGCCUCCGGCUCGACAUCAAGCGGUGCUCCAAAGGAAGAGCGGACCAGAAGCAGCUGGGCAGACCGGCCGUCACUAGUGACCGGGGAGCAUUCCAACCCCAGCAUAAUCCGGGUCCGGAAACGGCCCAUACCCGAUGACGGAAUAAUCACGCACGACGGCCAUGAUGCGCUCUUGAUGCUGUUCCGUCUCACGAUCGUUCCAUUAUACUCACUCGGCGCCGCUCUAUAUACCAUAUUCGCUCUCCUCUUCGCCAUCUUCGUCUCACCUCUCCGCCUCUGCUCCUUCUCCCAAUACCUACGUUCAACGCCAUUCGUAUCGCAGCUCUGCGAUCUCCUAUCUCCCGUCCUCCACAUCCACGAACGACUCGUUUGCUUGGUGCCGCCCUCGGCGGAGGAACGGUCAUCUUCGACCCAGUGGAUUCGCUCAGAACCAGAUUCCGACCAGCCAUCAGUAAUAUCUGAGCCUAGUGAGGCCUACUCAGUCCUCGCCUCAAUUUCUGUCCUGCUGCUUUCACCUCUCGCCAGCAUUGUGAUCCUUCUCUUCGCAUGGACAGCCGCCUUCUUCUGGAUCUUCUCCAUGAUCCUCGGUAACCCGGAUGGCACCGAGCGCAAAGACGAUGGCCGCACCGCCGUCCUCGGAGUCUGCAAAUGGUGGCGGUCAUGGCUCUGCAAAGCUCGGAAGUCAUAA